AUAUUCUAUUGAGUCAUGCAAUAAUGAUAUACUUGUGUAUAGGUUUUGUUGGUUUGUCGUGCAGUGUAUUGCUUUGGAAUUAUGUUUUAUCCUCGACAUGGAGUGGAGAACAGUUGCGUUUAUAGUGUUGGUAGUGAGUUUAUGCUUUUUGGCAAUACCAAUUAAAGUGGAUCCUGAUACUAGCAACGAGGAUAUUAAGCUUUUUCAGAAUUAUGUCGCACGUUAUAACAAAUCUUACAGAACCGAUCCAUCAGAGUAUGAAGAACGAUUUAAACGAUUUCAGAGAUCGUUGCGGCACAUAGAAAAAAUGAAUGGUCUUCGAUCAUUACAAGAAAGCGCUUAUUAUGGACUCACUGAAUUUUCUGAUAUGUCGGAAGAUGAAUUUCUGACGCUAACUCUUUUGUCUGACUUACCAGCAAGAGGAGAGAAACACGUGACUGCACCUUAUCAUCGCGAACAUCAUUUGUUGCAAUCUACUAAUCGGAUGAAAAGAUCGGUUGGCAUACCUUCAAAAUUCGAUUGGAGAGACAAAGGAGUGAUUACUCCGGUACGGAGUCAAGGAUCUUGUGGUGCUUGUUGGGCUUUCAGUACCGUUGAAGUUGUUGAAUCGAUGUAUGCAAUAAAAAAUGGCACUUUGUAUACGCUGAGCGUACAAGAAAUGAUUGACUGUGCGAAAAACAGUAAUUUUGGCUGCGAGGGUGGGGAUAUAUGUAGCUUGCUUUCGUGGUUGUUAGCGUCCAAAGUUCAAAUAUUUCAAGAGUUUACUUAUCCACUCGUAGGAAAGACUGGUACGUGUAAACUUGGGAAAACGAUAGAUAAAACACCUGGUAUAAAAAUACGAGAUUUUACAUGUGACAGUUUCGUAGAUGCAGAGGAUGAGCUGCUGAUAACAUUGGCCACUCAUGGACCAGUGGCGGCUGCAGUAAAUGCUUUAUCCUGGCAAAACUAUUUAGGCGGCGUAAUACAAUAUCACUGUGAUGGUUCCUUUGAUAAUCUGAAUCAUGCUGUACAAAUAAUAGGAUACGACAAAUCAGCUGCCAUACCACAUUAUAUCAUAAAAAAUUCAUGGGGAACAAAUUUCGGAGAUAAAGGCUACAUGUACAUAGGAAUAGGCAGUAAUUUAUGCGGCAUAGCGAAUCAAGUAUCGUCACUAAAUGUUCUUUGAAGCAAUCUAUCGAUAUAAACGAAAAUAUUUGAAGAAAAUAUUUAUAUUGAUCCUAAAAUGUACAUAAAAGUAUCUUUUUAAUCGAGGUACUUUGAAAAUACAUACAAUAAUAUUAAUAACAAUAAUAUUCGUGACAAUAAUAUUAAUAACAAUAAUAUUCGUGAAAAUAAUAUUAAUAACAAUAACAUCUUUUACACGUAUAUUCGACAAUUGACAGAAUUUUUAUGCUAGUAUUAUGCAGCCAUUUGUAUAUUUUUACAAAUAUUCUAAUAUAAAAUAAAAUAAAGAUUUAUAUUGUUAUUUCUA